CAGUGUUCGAGGGAAAACCCCCAAAAUGUAAAAUAAACAAAUAAGCGUCGCAGAAAUAGAAAACGCAACCAAAAUUAUCAAAUCAAUACGCGUACGUGGCCAAGGAAGUGGGAGUGUGAAGGAACACAUCUGCUGAAGCAGGAAAAAAAUUAAAAAAUAAAAAAUGACAUUGAGCAACAAUGUUCUUUGUCUGCAAUUGCAACGCCGCUUACUAUUGGUAUUUGUAACGCUUUUCCUGCUACUAACCGCUGCCCUGGCCCAGGGCGAGGAGGAGGAGGAUGGACCAUAUCGCGGCAAAUAUCUGGGAAAACUCAACUCCUACCAUCAUCAAGUAUCCGGCGAUGUGUACGCCGUGAAUGAGUUUACCUUCCUCAUUGUGGGCUUUAACUACGACGGCAACGGGGCGGAUACGUUCUUUUGGUCGGGAGCCAGCAACCGGCCGGGACCUCAGGGAUUUAUUGUUCCCGAUGAGUAUGGCAAAACAAAUAUCUUGGAUCGCUAUCACAACAAGGACUUUACACUGACUCUACCCGAUCGGAAGAAGAUUACUGAAAUCAAAUGGCUGGCGGUCUAUGAUCUAAAUAACCAGAACAACUUUGGGGACGUCUAUAUACCAGAGGAUUUUGAGCCUCCAAUGGCCCAACUGGGUGGUACCUUCUCCAAGCGUAGUCACAAUGUGAGCAGCAGCAGCAUCCAGAUCCUGGACUCGAAAACCAUUCGGAUCAAGGACUUUACGUACGAUGGUCGCGGCAAGAGAACCUUUUUCUGGACCGGCGUCGGAGCGCAGCCAUCGAGUCGAGGCAGCAAAUUGCCAGAUGAACGAGGAUACCUGGAUCCUAUUAGAAAGUAUAACAUGGAGACUAUUGAUUUGCAAUUGCCUGGUGACAAGACCAUCUUCGACAUCGACUGGAUCAGUGUGUACGAUGUGGCCGAUAACGAGAAUUAUGGUCAUGUGCUGAUAAACGAUGGAUUGAAUGUUCCGCCGUCUUUGGUAAAGGUUAUACCCUUCGAGUUCUCGCUGCCCAACUGUCGGCAGCUGCACAAGGAUCUGCAGGUGUCGUGGGAGGUCUUUGGACCCCAGAUCACAUUCCAAUUGUCCGGUCAAGUGGCAGCCAAUGAUUACAUGUCCUUUGGCAUAUCAGGAUCCGAUGUGUCGAGUCAAAUGAUCGGCUCCGAUGUGGUGGUGGCCUAUAUAGACGAGAUCCGUGGGUACUCUGUGGACUACAACAUCACCUCGCUGGCGCCAUGUGUCCAGGUUUUGGGACAAAACAAGGGAGUUUGUCGGGACGAUGUAGUCGGUGGAUUGGACAGCUUUCAGCUGAACACUUAUGCCCGCAAGGAUGGCAUUAAUACGAUAAGUUUCCGACGCCUCCUUAAGUCGUCGGACGAUGGCGAUAAGGAGAUUUUCCUAGACCGAAGCAACUACGUGGUCUGGGCCUUUGGUCAGUUGGAUUCAAACAACGAGCCCGCCUUUCACACUUAUUAUCCCAAGAGUGACAUUGUGAUAGAUUUUAAUACCACGGAACCGGUGAACGAUUGCUUUGCGUUCACUUCACAAAAGGAGACUCCGCCGCAGCUGUGGGAACGUACCAGGAUAACAGAUGCCUCCUUGCGUAGCUUCAACGCUUAUCUGGGACCCUCUGGAGGACUUCGGGGCUAUCAGGGCUUAACUGGACAUGUGUCCAGUGGAUUGGCCUGGUACAUCAAUGGCUACAUGAUACCCGAGCUGUACCUGAAACGCGGCCUGACCUACACCUUUAAUGUGAGAGGAGGCAAUAAUCCCCACUCGCCGGAGCACUAUCAUCCGCUGGUCAUCACCGACGAUCCCCAGGGUGGCUACGAUCGACUCUCGGAUGCCAAACAGAGUGAGAUCAGGGUUUUGGCUGGAGUGGAGUUCACCAGGAGAGGAAGGCCUAAGCCCACGGCUGCCGGUCCCUUGUGCUUGUCCCGAUAUCCACCCAAUUACGAUCGCCGCCUGGACGACAUCUUUCCCACAUUCAAGAAGUUCAAUCGAUCUCUGAUCACCGAAUGUGUGGAUGAAGCACCGGCGCUCUUAGAGAUUACCCCGAACAUAACCUGGCCGGAUACGGUGUACUACAACUCCUUUACUCAUGGAAACAUGGGUUGGAAGAUUCACAUUGUGGACAGUUAUACAAAUCUGAGGAAUGGAGCGAGAGCCCUGACCUGGUCCCUUGCCAUCCUCCUGCUGCCUUGGCUGGUGCUCCAGUACUGACCGUUACCUCCCUCUCCCUGUUAGUUUUUCCUAAUCGUAUAUUUAGUGUCUUAGUUUAAAUUAAGCAGUCACAAUUUCAUGUAUAUGAUGCGCGCGUAUGUGAGUUCGAGUUUAGACAUAGAAAAGAUAGGUUUGCAUAACUAUGUUUUAAGACUUUUAUGUGCAAUAUUGCAGAAGACUUAUUCAAAUACUCUUAUGUUUUACAUAUUCAAAAAAGUCUUAAGCUCAUUUUUUAUGCCUAGACUCAA